CGUAGCCGGAUUUGGAGCGCGGCGCCGGCGGGGGCCGGAGGGGGCGGCGCGGCGGACCUCGGUGGCCUCGGACGCUCCUCCUCGAGAGCGGCCGCCGCCCGCCUCCGCCCGCGCUAGCAGCUCUCUCGCCCCGGCCGGCUGGCCGGCACCCGCCGCCGCUCCAGGCCGCUCCCUUGGGCCGCGCUCACCUGAGACGAGGCGCCCGCCGCCCUCACCUGGGCCAGGAUGAAGGACCGGCUGGAGCAGCUGAAGGCCAAGCAGCUGACGCAGGAUGAUGACACGGACGAGGUCGAGAUUGCUAUUGACAACACAGCCUUCAUGGAUGAGUUCUUUUCCGAGAUUGAGGAAACACGGCUCAACAUUGACAAGAUCUCGGAGCAUGUGGAGGAAGCUAAGAAACUCUACAGUAUCAUUCUCUCUGCACCGAUCCCAGAGCCAAAAACCAAAGAUGACCUUGAACAACUCACAACUGAGAUCAAGAAAAGGGCCAACAACGUCCGGAACAAGCUGAAGAGCAUGGAGAAGCAUAUUGAGGAAGAUGAGGUCCGGUCAUCAGCAGAUCUUCGGAUACGAAAAUCCCAGCACUCUGUCCUCUCCCGGAAGUUUGUGGAGGUGAUGACAAAGUACAACGAGGCUCAGGUGGACUUCCGUGAACGCAGCAAAGGGCGCAUCCAACGGCAGCUUGAAAUUACUGGCAAGAAGACAACAGAUGAGGAGCUGGAAGAGAUGUUGGAGAGCGGCAACCCGGCCAUCUUCACUUCUGGGAUCAUUGACUCCCAGAUUUCCAAGCAAGCCCUCAGCGAGAUUGAAGGUCGGCACAAGGACAUCGUGCGUCUGGAGAGCAGCAUCAAGGAGCUCCACGACAUGUUUAUGGACAUCGCCAUGCUGGUGGAGAAUCAGGGUGAGAUGUUAGAUAACAUAGAGUUGAAUGUCAUGCACACAGUGGACCAUGUGGAGAAGGCACGGGACGAAACGAAAAAAGCCAUGAAGUAUCAGGGCCAGGCUCGCAAGAAGCAGAUUUCACUCCAGCUUGGCCUGACCACUCUUGUCUCCAGAUGGGAACAGAGUCUGGAUGGCCUUCCCGAGAAUGAGGGGGUACCUGUUCCUUUAUUUCCUUAUAACCAUCCUUGGACCUGGCUCAGCAAGCAAUAUACCCCCGGAAGACUCUAACCUACCUGAUGCAGCCUUGAGUUCUCCUCAAAACCGCCUCCCUUCCUAGCAGCUGAAGUACCCUCUUCCGGACCGUGUGAAGCAACCCUAUGUGUUGGUGUGUAGGUUAUGCCUUGUGCCUUGGAAAAUCCCCGUGAGACCAGCCAAGGUUCUGUAUUUCUACCUCAUAGAGUAUUCUCCUAGAAUAUAUUUUGUAGGGGAGUAACUAAACAAAGUAGAGGAGUUCUAAGUUUAGCAGUAGUGUGGCUUGGAUUUGAGCCCCUAGCUGGCAGGAUGCCAAUCCUUAGUUUAUUGUCCCAUGUCCUGAAAACAUGAAAGGCUGAUAGAUGACAUUUUAGUCUUAUAAGAUGGCUUAUUUGAAAUUCACCUUUUAAUUAAACUUGAACUUCAUUGUGGGCCACAUUGAUUUUUCUCUAUAUUCACUCUUGUUUGCUCAGAGAGACCAGGGGAACAAGUCCUCUGAAGCUACCAUUGGCAAAGACUGAAGUUAUAGCAUGUGCUUCCAUGUCUAAAUCUUGGAAACUGGCUAUUCACUGUUAAAAAAUUGCUCUUUGUGAAGACAUUGAGGCCAAACAGAAGCAGGGAUUUAAAACUGGUCCAGGGACAAGGUGCUACUGUCUCAGGCUCUGGAAAUGUCAGUCAUUUGUGUGUUCCAGGUGUACUUUUGUAACUAUGUAUGUGAGAGAGAUGUACAUAAUUGUCUGCCUCUCAGGAAGUAGGAAAACUAAAAGAUAUUAUGACCUCAAAAAAAAAAAUCAGGUAAGGAAUAUUUGCUUACCUCAAGUGAAUCACUGUAGAAAUGUGAUUUCCCCCUUGCCAUCAAGCUUGCUUUCUGGAUGGCUGCUGAUAGAGGAAUCAAAUCAGACCUUUGGAGUAAGGACUAAAUUGAUUCCCAUUGGAAGUUUUUUUUGCAUAGCAGAUAGUGUGUAAUAUUUAUUUACCUCCAUCUGCUACUUACAAGAGGGUUGUCCAGAGAAUAUCUCACAACUGUCUGAUGUUAUUUACACUAUCCAUGUGAUGUUUCUCUCUGGUGGAAGACUUGGGAGGCUAUUGAGCAGUUCUUCCUGUUUUCUUUUGUCUCCUGUAAUUCUUAUCAUGGAGGCAAUAGCCUGGAAUUCUUUUUUAGUGAUUGCAACCCAGUGGUAAGCCUUAGACCUUUGGUGGUCCCUGCCAGUAUCCCUGAAUUUGGGUAUUUAAGUCCCCAAUUUAAUGUGUCUGUGGGACCGGAUGAGUACCCUAGAGCUUCCUUUGUAAAGCGCCUCUUCUGUCACCCAGCAUUCAAGACGGAGCUUCAGGGAUGCCCUCCUCCCUCUGGCUGUGAUGUCUGGCAGGACUGGCUCUAGUUAGGAGGGGAAACAACCCUUAGUGCAGCCUUUUCUCUCCUCCUUAAGGCUAGGGGCUGAACGUUUGAAAUGGCACAUGUGAAGGGCUUUUGUUGUUUGUAAUUUUUAAAAUGUAAACUUGAUUAUUUUAUUGCUAAUUUAAAAAUAAAUGACUUUAUAUUGAUUGCAAAACA